GCUGUUGCUGUGAUUGUCCUCUAGAUGGCAGUAGUACACAGCACACUGAUAGUGGAGGCGCUGGAGGAAAAGCUCAGAACAAGCAACAUUAAACUCGUGUUGAAGAUGAGAAGAAACAAAGAGGCUACACUUCAGCUUUUAUCAACUCUAGAGAGAUUAUUUAGCGAACACGACACAACUCCUGCCUUUCUUCAUUAUAUCCUGGCUCUUGACUGUCAAUUCCUCUGUGAAAGCGAUCAGGAAUAGCGGACUUUUACCGUGUUCAUAUGUAAACAGAUCCAGGUCAACAUCAGCGCUGGUUCUGCAUCAACAGGCCUGAUGGAGGAGACACAUGAGAAAAUCAUAGAAAAUACACACUCACUGAAGAGAAAAGGCAAAAAGUGUGUCACCUGCACUCAGUGUGGAACAAGUCUGUUUAACAAAAACAGUCUCAGAAAUCACAUGAUGAUCCACACUGGAGAGAAACCAUUCACAUGCUCCCAGUGUGGGAAGACUUUUAGACACUCAUCAAACUUUAUUAAUCACAUGAGGAUCCACAUUGGAGAGAGACCACACCAAUGUGAUCAAUGCAGCAAAACAUUUUUGACGGCUUCAUACCUGAAGAAACACCUUCGAAUUCAUACAGAGGAGAAGCCUUAUUUAUGCACUGUGUGUGGAAAGACUUUCAGACAUGAAGAUAACUUAAGAGAUCAUCAGAAGAUCCACACCGGUGUGAAAGAGCAUAUUUGCUUGGAGUGUGAGAAGACCUUUCUUACGGCUGUGAAAUUGAAAAUACAUGAGAGAACUCACACUGGAGAGAAACCUUAUAAGUGUUCACACUGUGACAUGAGAUUCAGUCUGUUAGAAAGCCUGAAAAGACAUGAGAGAAUUCACACUGGAGAGAAACCGUACAAGUGUUCACACUGCGACAUGAGAUUCAGUAUAUUAGAAAGCCUGAAAAGACAUCAGAGGACUCACACUGGAGAGAAACCUUACGUAUGUUCACACUGUGACAAGAGAUUCUGUAUAUUAGGAAACCUUAAAACACAUGAGAGAACUCACACUGGGGAGAAACCCUACAUGUGUUCACACUGUGACAAGACAUUCAGUAUAUCAGGAAGCCUGAAAAGACAUGAGAGGACUCACACUGGAGAGAAACCUUACAGGUGUUCACACUGCGAUGAGAGAUUCAGAGAUUUAAGGAAUCUGAAAAAACAUGAGAGGAUUCAUGCCAGAGAGAAGCCUUGUGACCUUGAAGGUGUAAGGGUCGCCAUAGUCUAACAAAACUGCGUAUCUGCUUUGAUUUUGUUUUUUCAGAUAAUCAAUUCAGACACGUGCAGUGAAUUUAGCUCAGUUUUUGAGUAUUAUGAUCAAUAAUAAUGAGUUAUUACUAAUUAUGAAUAUUCAGAAUUAACUUGUAGUUAAUUUAACAAAAUAAAUAUAACAAUGACUUCA